CUCCGCCGUCAGAAAAAAAAAAGAGAGAGACUGCGUGAAUAAUCUCUCUAUUGUCUCUUUCCUGCCCCCUUCUGACCUCCCUGUCACAUUGCCUCUCCUUCACUCCGACAGCGCUGGCUGGCCUACGUUCCUUAAUCCAGAAGCACACAGCCGUGCUAUUGAUUGGUCUUCAUGAUGCGAUGAGGUGCCAGUCGCGUCAUGCUUGACAGGAUCUCUUUACGUCUUAUAUAUUAGCUCUCGCAAUUGUCAACAGAAGAUCAAUUCUCUGUCCUCCGUUAGUCUUCAUUGACUCGAAUCACCCGGGAGAAGUGGUCGAUCAGCCUACCCGACUUGCUUGACACUUUUUUGUGUGUGCACGCUUGGCCCCAGAUUGUGCCCUCGCAUUCAGUUCUGUCGUCAGCGUUGGCAGCUUUAAAAAGUCCCCGCCUAUCCUUCGAGAACAUCUACCAUUCUCCAUGGCAUCCUUCUCGUCGCAUACCUCGGAGAAGCGCCGACCUGUUCCCGCGCCCUCAAAUCCCGUCCUCCUUGCGAUUCAAUCACAAUGGCUCUUCACCGACGAGGAGCUUACACGGACGCCCUCGCAGCUCGACGGCAUGAAGCUGGAGGCCGAGAACACAAGUCGCAGUAAAGGGGUCAACUUCAUCACCCAGGUCGGCAUCAUGCUGAAACUCCCCCAGCUUACCCUCGCGACCGCCGCCGUCUAUCUCCACCGGUUCUUCAUGCGCUUCAGCAUGGUCGACCUGCCACAGCGACCCGGCAUGCACCCCUACCCGAUUGCCGCUACGUCACUGUUUCUCGCGACCAAAGUGGAGGAGAAUGUCCGGCGGAUGAGAGAAAUCGUGGUUGCUUGCUGUCGGGUGGCGCAGAAACAGCCGAACUUGGUGGUCGAUGAGCAAUCCAAGGACUUCUGGAGGUGGCGCGAUACUAUCCUACAUCACGAGGACAUGGUUCUGGAAGCGAUCUGCUUCGACCUGCAGCUGGAGCAGCCGUAUCGCAUUCUGUACGACUUCAUCUGCUUUUUCGGCGUCAGCGAGAACAAGCCGCUGCGCAAUGCGGCAUGGGCUUUUGUCAACGACUCCAUGUUCACCGUCCUCUGCCUGCAGUUCACAGCCCGUACCAUCGCCGCCGCCGCUCUCUACGCCGCCGCCCGCCAUUGCGAUGUGGGAUUCCAGGACGACGAUUCGGACCAACCGUGGUGGGAGCAAAUUGACGUGGAUCUGACCCAGGUGCGUCGCGCGUGUACGAGAAUGGCACAGCUUUAUGAGAACAAUGCCAUGCAAAAACAUAGCCAGUACUACCCGACCACCCCUAUCAUCUCAGACGAGGGUACUGAGAAGACCAGGAUUCCGCGCGCUGGCAGCCCGGCAAACACUCCGCGCGAAGCACAUCCCGUCAACGGACAGAAGCGGUCCAGAGAGCCCGAGGACGAAGCUAGAGGGCGUUCGGAAUCCCAGAAUCCUCUCGACUCGCAAGAUCCCCACAGCGAUCGAUCUCCCAAACGACAACGCCGGGGGUCCGAUGCCCCGGCGCCGCCAGACAGGCCGCCGUCCGAGAAGACCUCCAUCUCCCCGUCGCAGAGCUCGUCCGCCCGACGACGCUCUUCACAAUCCCAUACCAACGGCCAUCUUCCCCCUCCGCCCGCACAGCAUCGCCAUCCACACCCCUUGCCCCCGGCUCCUCGGCCCUAUUCCCGACGAGACAGCGACAGUCGACCCGGAAGCAAUCCGGCGCCGGGUGCCUCCGUCGACCCCAUCCAGCAACGGAUCGACGAGAUUGUGCAACAGAACAUGUCCCACGGGGCUGCUCCUGCACCACCGACAUCAUCUCGUGACCCUCCACGGUCCGAACGACGAUCCUCCGAUCGAUACCGCGGCGAUUGGGAACACGAAGACCACCACCCUGACCGACGCCGUCGGCCCUCAGACUCAGGGAGCAGCAGCAGGAAGCCACCACCACCACCUUCUUCUGAUCAUCACCACCCUCAUCAACAUCAGCAGCCUCCUCCUCCACCCCCCGAUCACCUUAAUGACAGCCAACCCCCACCACCGCCUCCGCCACCACCUUCACAAAGCAAUCCUCACAAUCCGGAAGAUAAGGAUGACGAGGGUGGAGGGAGCGAAGAAGGAGAGUUAUAAUAGAUUCCAUCCCCCUUUUCCCCAGUUUAUUUCACUUGUCUGUAUCAUUUGGAAGCUCUUUCCUUUCGUUUAUUCUCACUCAUGAUUCGCAUUCCUCCACUUGAGACUUCCCUUGUUUUCUACAUUUUCCCCCUUUCCCAUCGCAUAUAUCAUUAUCAUUAUCAUUAUCGGUAUUGACCCGGAUGAUUCAUAUUCGGCUUCAGUCUUCUUUUUCUUCGUCUUCAAAAAUCGAUCGAACUUUUUUGUCUUUCUCCUUUUUACUAAGUCGACCGAGAUUUUUUCUUAAUACAUGGAUUAAAGCGGCAAAUACAUAAAUAAACG